UCCAAACUAUGUGAUCUCACUCAUCCUAUGGCAAUCCAAGAUCAUGGAUCCACCAUUCCAACGGCCAACUUCCAUGGCCUCCAUAUUCCCUCCAGAAAAUCACAGGUCCUCUCUCUCUCCAUAUAUAUAAUGGAAUUGUAUAUUAUUUACGGAUAUAUCAGUUGAAACUGUCUAGUAUCAGUGUAUAUGACUGUAUCACCGAUACCGAUACUGAUACCGAUCCCGAUUUAAAACCAUGAUUGAGCUCCACAAAACAGGUAAUCCAAUGACAAUAUAUUCUGUUGAGUUCUCUCCUCAUUGCCUUCCCUAUGGUACUCAGCUGAUUAAGCCCACUUCACAUUAUCAUCAUCACAACUCUGUUGUGAGCUGUAGAACUAAUGACAGUGUCAGUAGCCCCAGAAAUCCACCAAAAGCUAGGGUUUCUGCUGAAAACGCAGGGUCUUCCAAACCAUGCUAUCAUGAAUACAAACAUACCCAUUUGAUCAAACUGCUCAACAGGUCCUACAAAUCAGGGAAAUACAAUGAGUCUCUGUAUUUUCUUGAGUGUAUGGUGAACAAGGGUUUCAAACCUGGUGUGAUUCUCUGCACAAAGCUCAUGAAAGGGUUCUUCAAUUCAAAAAUUGUUGAAAGAGCAAUUAGGGUUAUGGAGAUUUUGGAGUCACAUGGUGAACCUGAUGUGUUUGCCUAUAAUGUCCUAAUCAGUGGGCUUUGCAAGGUAAAUCAGAUUGAAUCAGCCAACCAAGUGUUGAAUCGGAUGAGAAAUCGGGGUUUUUUACCUGAUAUUGUCACGUAUAACAUCAUAAUUGGGAGUCUUUGUAGUAGGGGUAAAUUGGAAUCAGCUUUGAAGGUUUUGAAUCAAUUAUUGAAGGAUAAUUGUAAACCUACUGUGAUCACCUACACAAUUCUGAUCGAAGCAACCAUCCUUGAAGGUGGUGUAAACGAUGCGAUGAAGCUGUUAGAUGAAAUGUUACAGAGAGGGCUUCAACCUGAUAUAUACACUUAUAAUGCAAUCAUUAGGGGUUUGUGCAGAGAAGGGAUGUUGGAUCGCGCUUUUGAUUUUGUUAGGAGCUUACCGGGAAAGGGAUGCAACCCGGAUGUGAUUUCUUAUAAUAUGUUGUUGAGGGAAGUACUGAAUCAGGGGAAAUGGAAUGAUGGUGAGAAGUUAGUAACCAAGAUGUGCUCUAUAGGGUGCAAGCCAAAUGUGGUGACUUAUAGCAUCUUGAUAAGCUCGCUCUGUCGCAAAGGCAAGAUUGAUGAGGCAGUUAGUGUCUUGAAGCUUAUGAUGGAAAAGGGUUUGAGUCCAGGCACUUACAGUUAUGAUCCGUUGAUUUCCGCGCUUUGCAGAGAGGGGAAAUUGGUUUUGGCUAUAGAGUUGUUGGAUUAUAUGAUCUCUACAGGUUGUUCCCCGGAUAUUGUGAACUACAACACAAUCUUGUCAGCCUUGUGCAAGAAUGGCAAUGCCGAUCAUGCUAUGGAGAUUUUUGACAUGCUUGGCGAAAUAGGUUGUCCUCCAGAUGUCAGUUCUUACAAUACAAUGUUUAGUGCCUUGUGGAAUAAUGGAGAUAGAACUAGGGCUUUGAGAAUGAUUUCGGAGAUGGUAAACAAAAGGAUUGAACCCGAUGAGAUUACAUACAAUUCACUCAUAUCUUGUUUGUGUAGAGAUGGAAUGGUGGAUGAAGCUAUUGGGUUGUUGGGGGACAUGGAGGAGGGUAGUGGAUUCCGACCAACGGUCAUCACAUACAAUAUUGUGCUCCUUGGAUUGUGCAAAGCUCAUAGAAUUGACAAUGCCAUCGACACACUAGCAGAAAUGGUCGAAAAGGGAUGCCUACCAAAUGAAACCACAUGCAUUUUGUUGGUUGAAGGGAUUGGUUUUGCAGGGUGGCGACCCGAGGCAAUGGAGUUGGCAAAUUCCCUUUUUACAAUGGAUGUCAUUUCAAAAGAUUCGUUCAAACGUUUGAACAAAACGUUUCCUAUGCUUGAUGUUUAUAAAGAAGUCACUCAUACAGGAAACAAGAAGUAGCUUGUCAUCAAUCUAUCUUUUGGGUUUACAAUCUUUGAACUUAUAUUUCUCUGAUUGAGAAAAGUGUACACCGGGGUUAUGCUUUGGACAUAUUAUGGUUUGAGAGGAAGUUCCAUUUCAUGAUGGAUCAACAUUGACAGGGAAUAAUGUUGCUGGCUCCAGACAAGGCAUGAGAGGGGAGAUUUUGUAGUCAUAUUGUGUUCUUGAUAACUGCUUACUUACAGAAGUUUUUGACCUAACAUCUCUGCUAAAAUUUCUACGUCUGUAGCUAAUGUAAUUUGCAUGGAUUUUUAAAGGACGAAAAAUGAUAUGUGAGCUGACCACUAAAACAAGGUGGGGGUGGUGAUAUGGGCAGGCUGUACCGUCGUGCUACACUGAAGCUAGGCACAAUAAAAUCUGCAAAAUGUAAGUUUUGAGAAGAUUUGUACACGCAAAGUUGGCAUUUUUUUUUUCCCAUUGAAAUAUAGAAUAAUUCCCCUAAUUUGAGAUUUUUCCCCCUUACAUUUUCAUCUUAUUUUUGAGUUAUGUUAAGAAUAUCUGUUGUAUUAGUGUCAUUUAGAAUUGUGUUUCACACUCCAUGCAAGAUCAUAGACACAUGUAAUCUA